CUCCGUCCUGUGCCGUCCGAGGGGAUUUUGGAGCCUUAGCGAAGCCAGUACGGCCCCUCCUCCUUAAAGGCCGCGUGAAAUGGGUUUCCCGGGCAGGCUGGCGGUGCUGCCAAAACUCGUGGCGGCGGGCCGGGCCGGCGGUGCCUGGCGGAGGCGGGACCGGCCCUGCGCGGGGGUCCCGCUCCCCGGCCGCGCCGCCGCUGCCCUCCGCCCGCCACCCGGCGGCCGCGCCGCCUCCUCGAGGGCCCUGGGCGAUUACGAGGAAGUUUUCCGGUCUUCCCUGGCGGAGCCCGAGAAAGUCUGGGGAGCAGCCGCUGAACAGAUCCAGUGGUACAAGCCCUGGGUCCGGACUCUAGAGAGAGGCAGCGCGGGGAGCGCCUCCUGGUUUGUAGGUGGAGAGCUGAAUAUCUGUUACAAUGCUGUAGAUCGUCAUGUUGAGAAUGGACGAGGAGACCAAGUUGCCAUUAUUUAUGACAGUCCUGUAACAAAUACCAAAGAGAAAAUAACAUAUAAGGAACUUUUUGAGCAGGUCUCCAAGUUAGCUGAUGUCAUGAUCAGACAUGGUGUGAAGAAAGGAGAUCGUGUGGUCAUCUACAUGCCCAUGAUUCCACAGACAGUGUACUGCAUGCUGGCUUGUGCAAGAAUAGGAGCCAUCCAUAGCCUGAUUUUUGGUGGAUUUGCAUCUAAAGAGCUUUCUGUUCGCAUUGAUCAUGCAAAGCCCAAAUUUAUUGUAACAGCUAGUUUUGGAGUAGAACCGAAAAGAAAAGUGGAAUACAUAUCCCUCCUAGAAGGAGCACUGGCAAGGACACAGAGCAAACCUGAUAAAGUUCUCAUUUACAAGCGACCUAAUUUGGGCCACGUUCCUCUUACUCAAGGUCGUGAUCUUGACUGGGAAGAAGAGCUUGCAAAAGCACAGUGUUCUAAAUGUGUCUCAGUUCCCUCAGACCAUCCACUUUAUAUUCUGUAUACAUCUGGAACAACAGGCUUGCCCAAGGGUGUUGUCAGACCAACAGGUGGCUAUGCAGUUAUGCUAAACUGGACAAUGUCAGCUGUAUACGGACUCACACCUGGUGAGGUGUGGUGGGCAGCUUCUGAUUUAGGCUGGGUUGUUGGUCAUUCCUAUAUUUGCUAUGGACCUCUCCUUCAUGGGAAUACUACAGUUUUGUAUGAGGGGAAGCCUGUGGGAACGCCAGAUGCUGGUGCCUAUUUCCGUGUGCUAGCAGAGCAUGAAGUAGCUGCCUUCUUUACUUCACCAACUGCAAUUAGAGCAAUCCGUCAGCAGGACCCUGAGGCAACCUUGGGAAAGCAGUACUCUCUGAAAAGGUUCAGAACGUUAUUUGUAGCUGGCGAGCACUGUGAUGUGGACACGCUAAAAUGGUCAAAAGAAGUUUUCAAGGUACCUGUCUUGGACCACUGGUGGCAAACUGAAUCUGGUUCUGCAAUUACUGCUUCCUGUAUUGGUUUGGGAAACUCUACAACACCUCCACCCGGACAGGCAGGAAAACCUGUGCCAGGAUAUAAUGUGAUGAUUCUGGAUGAAAAUAAAGAACCAGUGAAGGCCAAGACUUUGGGAAAUAUUGUGGUAAAGCAGUUGAAGAAAUCUGUGUUUAAUCCUAUCAGAGAUUCGAAGGAAGAAACAACUACUUCUUUGUUAGCUGAGGCUUCUGCAGCUUCUCUUCUUCUGACAGAUAUGUUGCCUUUGCCUCCUGGAGCAUUCUCAGGUCUUUGGGAAAAUAAAGAAACGUUCCAGAAGUUAUAUUUCCAAAAAUUUCCAGGCUAUUAUGAUACUAUGGAUGCUGGCUAUAUGGAUGAAGAUGGCUAUUUAUAUGUCCUGUCUCGAGCUGAUGAUGUGAUCAAUGUUGCCGGACACAGAAUUUCAGCAGGUGCGAUUGAAGAGUGUAUUCUCUUCCAUCCCGCUGUGGCGGACUGUGCUGUUGUGGGCCAGGAGGAUCCUUUAAAAGGACAUGUUCCAUUUGCGCUGUGUGUACUGAGACAAGGUAUAAAGACAGAAAAGAAUAAGAUUUUGAACGAGAUUGUUGAGCGAGUUCGAACUAACAUUGGCCCUGUAGCAGCUUUCCAGAAGGGGAUGUUUGUGAAACAGCUACCAAAAACACGCUCUGGCAAGAUACCACGUUCAGCUCUUUCUGCACUUGUCAGUGGAAAGCCAUACAAGAUAACACCAACCAUUGAAGAUGCUAGCGUGUUUAAACACAUCGAAGAACUGCUAAAGAAAAAUUAAAUGGAAUAAUACAUCAAUAACAAACAUUUUAAUUACAGAAGUACAAAGAGACUUUCUGUCUGUUAAGAUUACCACAUUUUAAAAACUAGUCAUGAUUUGGAACAAAAUGUUUUUACUGCAGAAACAUUACUGUGUUCUUUACCAUCUUGUCACAGCCAAUGACACAUAGUAAAGUCUCUGCAUGUUGUGAAUAUAUGCUGGUUAUUAAGAUGGCUAAGAAUUGCACAUAGAAUUCAUAUAUUUCUAUAGUCUUAAAGGGGAGGAGUCAUGGGAUUAUCUGUAUGAUGUCAUGUAACCUUUCAUUUCAAUCUGUUUUUGUAUAAUGUGACCAGUAACUUGAGUUUGAAUACAACAGUUUACAAAAAGUAAGUCAUGAGGACAGCAAUAAACAGGAAUUUAACUGUGAAAAUUGUUGAAGGCAUAAAUUGUUCUCACUUGUAAAUUAGAAGCCUUUACAUCUUUUAAAUUUUUCUAAAAUUAAAAUUUUUAAAAUUAAUUUUCUUGAUUCCACUGAUUUCUUUUUUUCCUAAGACUUUCUGCUAUAUAUUAGAUUCCUAUAAUUUUUUUACUCAAUAACUUUCUGAAAUGUCUUUUUUGUAGAAUGAUAAAUAAUUUCUGGCUUUCAAAUAUGUGAAAAUCCUCAUUUGUCUGCUCAGUAAUACACAUGAUUUUAAAUAAAGGCAGGCAUUUA